AUGGCCAGCAACACACCCUUACGGACGUUCCGGUCGCUCACAUCCGCAAUUCGCGCAUCAUGUCGGCACACGCAACCUCUGCGACCCUUCUCCCACAGCACACGAGAUCUCAAUGCAGCGCCUACCGACCGCAAUAAGCCUCCUUCGUCAAUGGACAGCCUCCUCAGUAACGUAGAUAGCAACUUCCGUAAUGCGGGUCCCGAUCACUUCAAAAACAUGAUACCCAAUGCCGACGGAACCUCUUUCCAGAACCUUGCGCCGCGCGAGUGGGACGAGGAUGACAAGCACAAAUUGCACGUUUACGCCACCAAGCACAACACACAUCUGUGUCUUACGCAGCCAAAUCGCAACCCUUUGAUCUCGGUAUCAUGCGGAAACAUUGGUUUCCGGAAAGCGGGGCGCGGAACAUACGAUGCGGCCUAUCAACUGGCAGCUUUCCUCAUGAACCGGAUCCAGGACAAGGGCUUACUGCCGCAGAUUCAGAAGUUGGAGUUGAUCUACAGAGGGUUUGGGCCAGGCAGGGAGGCAGUCACAAAGGCUAUACUGGGCUCUGAAGGAAAGAGGAUACGGCCGUUGAUUGUCAAACUGGCCGACUCUACAAGGUUGAAGUUUGGUGGUGUAAGAAGCAAGAAGCCAAGGAGACUGGGUUAG